AUGGAACACCUUCAGGAAACACCAUCAUGGAACACCUUCAGGAAACACCCUUACUCACCCAGCACCUUCAGGAAACACCUUCACUCACGCAGCAGCACCCUCAGGAAACACCAUCACGCAGCACCCUCAGGAAACACCAUCACGCAUGCAGCACCCUCAGGAAACACCUCACUCACAGCACCCUCAGGAAACACCAUCACGCAGCACCCUCAGGAAACACCAUCACGCAGCACCCUCAGAAACACCCUCACGCAGCACCCCAGGAAACACCAUCACGCACGCAGCACCCUCAGGAAACACCUCACUCACCAGCACCCUCAGGAAACACCCUCACGCAGCACCCUCAGGAUGCAGCACCUCAGGAAACACCUCACCACGCAGCACCCUCAGGAAACACCUCCACGCACGCAGCACCCUCAGGAAACACCAUCACGCACGCAGCACCCCAGGAAACACCUCACGCAGCACCUCAGGAAACACCCUCACUCACGCAGCACAGAAACACCAUCACGCAUGCAGCACCCUCAGGAAACACCAUCACGCAGCACCCUCAGGAAACACCAUCACGCAGCACCCUCAGGAAACACCUCACCACGCAGCACCCUCAGGAAACACCUCACGCACGCAGCACCCUCAGGAAACACCAUCACGCAUGCAGCACCCUCAGGAAACACCAUCACGCAGCACCCUCAGGAAACACCAUCACGCAUCACCCUCAGGAAACACCUCACGCACGCAGCACCUCAGAAACACCCUCACGCACACACACCUCACGCACGCAGCAGGAAACACCUCACACGCAGCACCCUCAGGAAACACCGUCACUCACGCAGCACCCUCAGGAAACACCAUCACGCAGCACCCUCAGGAAACACCAUCACGCACAGCACCCUCAGGAAACCCUCACGCAGAACCCUCAAAACACCCUCACGCACGCAGCACCCUCAGGAAACACCCUCACGCACGCAGCACCCUCAGGAAACACCUCACGCAGCAGAAACACCAUCACGCAGCACCUCAGGAAACACCAUCACCACACCUCAGGAAACAUCACGCACACCCUCAGGAAACACCCUCACGCACGCACAACACCAUCACGCAGCACCCUCAGGAAACACCCUCACGCACGCAGCACCCUCAGGAAACACCGUCACUCACGCAGCACCCUCAGGAAGCGUAUAUCAGGAACACCCCUCUCGUUAA